AUGGGAAUUCUGGGAUAAAGACAAAGUUGGUCUAAGUUCCAAUAAUUUGUCUUUUCAUAAAAUGAGAAAUUGGAAUAAAUUAUGAAAUACAGAAGAAGAUAUGUUAGCAUCAGACUUUAAAACUUUAUCGCUAGUUACAAAGACAAAUAUAGAUAGUAAUAUUAUAAGUGA